GUGAUGUUUUUAGAUGCCCUUCAGACACACUAGUAUUCGAGGAUGAAUCAGAGAAAGGAAGCAAUGCACUUCUUGCGCGAGCAUGGUCACCUGGGUGGAGCAAUGCCAACAAGGCAUUAACUACCUUCAUUAACGGACCACUUAUUGAGUACUCCAUGAACCGUAGAAAGGCUGAUAGUGCUACAACCUCAUUUCUCUCUCCCCAUUUACAUUUUGGGGAAGUGAGUGUGCGGAAAGUUUUCCAUCUUGUACGCAUUAAACAAGUCCUGUGGGCUAAUGAAGGGAACAAAGCUGGUGAAGAGAGUGUCAAUUUGUUCCUCAAGUCUAUUGGACUGAGGGAAUAUUCAAGAUAUAUGAGUUUUAACCACCCUUACAGCCAUGAAAGGCCUCUUCUCGGGCACCUUAAGUUUUUCCCUUGGGUCAUGGAUGAGGGGUAUUUUAAGGCAUGGAGACAAGGCAGAACGGGUUAUCCAUUGGUUGACGCUGGCAUGAGAGAGUUGUGGGCUACUGGUUGGCUACAUGAUCGAAUACGAGUUGUGGUGUCUAGUUUCUUUGUGAAGGUUCUACAGCUUCCUUGGCGAUGGGGGAUGAAGUAUUUCUGGGAUACCUUAUUAGAUGCAGAUCUCGAGAGUGAUGCUCUUGGUUGGCAGUAUAUAUCUGGCACUCUCCCUGACAGUCGUGAGUUUGAUUGUAUAGAUAAUCCACAGUUUGAGGGCUACAAAUUUGACCCAAAUGGAGAAUACGUCCGUCGGUGGCUACCUGAACUUGCUAGACUGCCUACGGAAUGGAUACACCACCCCUGGAAUGCCCCAGAAUCUGUACUCCAAGCUGCUGGAAUCGAGCUUGGAUCCAACUACCCUAGUCCCAUUGUAGAAAUAGAUGCAGCAAAAGCCAGGCUGCAAGAAGCCCUCUCCGAGAUGUGGCAACAGGAAGCAGAUUCAAGAGCUGCAUUCGAGAAUGGAACUGACGAAGGGCUUGGAGACUCCGAGUCAAUGCUCAUUGCAUUCCCAACUGACAUACAAAUGGACUUGGAUCACGAACCGGAAAGGAACAACAACCCUACUACAGUUCGUCGUUAUGAGGAUCAGAUGGUCCCGAGCAUGACUUCUUCUUUGUUGAGGGUUGAAGAGGAAGAAACUUCUUUGGAUCUCCAAAAUCCUGUUGCAGACAGUAGAGCAGAAGUCCCAAGAAAUGUUAAUGUGAAUCAAGAACCAAGGAGAGAAGCAAUAAACCAAGGCAAUGUGCAGAUGGUCCAAAGAAAUGCAACUAUGACACAAGUUAAUGUUUUGACAGGGCUGCAAAAUGCUGAAGAUUCAACAGCAGAAUCAUCGGGUAGUAGUAUUAGGAGGGAAAGGGAUGGAGAUGUAGUUCCUGUAUGGUCUCCUUCAACUUCUAGUUACUCGGAGCAGUUCGUGGGUGAAGAGAAUGGCAUUGGAACUAGUUCAUCAUACUUGCAGAGGCAUCCACAUUCUCAUCAACUAUUGAAUUGGAGACAGCUUUCGCAAACUGGGUGAAAGAUUUCCACAUUGUAAGACAAGUUUGGAGGUGGAUAACAAUGUAAUCUAAUCCUGAGUAGAUUGGCAUUGUGAUCAACACCCUAACUACAUCUUUAUCCAUCCUAAACAGUAAAUUGAAAGUAGAUUGGGAUUGUCGUUAGUGUUUGCUGUAUAUGACAUUUCGAAUUGGUGCAGCCUCAUCUCUAUCCUCUCUUUUUGUAUCAAGUUGUACCAUAUUUGUAGCUCUUCUAUAUAGUAAAAUGUUGUUUUCAUGAGGGGAUUGAUGAAGAGUCACACUAGGGAUAUGUGAUACUCCAAUAAACCCAAGUUUGUGCUUUUUCUUUUUGUUAAGUAGACAAGAAUGUUGUUGCAACCAUGUUCAUAUAAUAUUCUCUUUCUUUUUCACCCUUGCA